AUGGAGUCUGUGGCUCUGCUCUUUGUCCAGGAGAAAAGACCACCAGGAGAGGACAUGUUUGAGUCCUUGGAGGAGUUUCACAUGAUCCUCAAUGAGCUGGUCGGGGACAAGAGUAUGGACAAGGUUCGGGUGGAGUACGAGAAGCUCAUCCAUGCACUGAAAAAGUCCAGAGACAAUGAGAAGAGGCUGAUGUCCAAAUGCAGGGAGCUGAAUGCAGAAGUUGUGUCCACCUCAACCAAAGUAGCAGCAGCCCUGAAACUGUCCCAGGAAGACGAGACAACAAUUACUUCACUAAAGAGGGAGCUGGAUAAAGGCUGGAAAAUGGUUGACGCUGCUCAUGAUACAGAGAGGAGGGACAAAGAGACCAUCAGGGAUUUAAAAGAAGAAGUUGCCAACCUGAUGAAAAUGGCUGAACAACAAACUGGCUUCUCUAUGGACCAAGAGCAGAGCAAUCUACUAAAAAUGAAUGAGGAGUUGACUAAGGAGAGAAACGAACUGCUGUCAACGGUGGAGGGUCUGAGAGAAAAACUAAACAAGGCCACCGCAACCCAGCAGGAGAUAGAGGCCCAACGAGAUAGUGCCUCAGAGAAUAUCUCUCAGCUCCAGCAGGAGCUCCAGGUACAACAGAAUGAGAUUUCACGGGAGAUGAGGUUGAAGGAGAAGCUGGAUAAGGAGGUGAAGCAGCUGCACGUCGACAUGGAGGUCAAGAUGGGGGACAUCAAAGCCCUGAGUCUACAGGGCCAAAGGGCCAAAGAGGAGCAACAGAGACUGGAGCAGCAGCUGAAAGAGUUAAAGAUCUUAAACGAGCGAUCCACCAGGGAGCUGGAGCAGAUGCAAGUGAAGAACAACAAGCUGCUGCAGGAGUGUGAGCAGCUCUCUUCAGUCAAAGAACAUCUCUCCCUGGAAAAUCAGCAGAACACAAAUGAGCUCAAGAUGAGAGAAGAGGAGGUGAAUCAGAUGCGUCAGGAGAUUGCAAAACAAACAAAGAUGAGAGAAGCCAUCCAGAAGAAGUUCCACCAGAUGGAGGAUCAGAAAGCUGACGUAGACGUGCAGAGGGAGACACUAAAAGCUCAGAUUGCUGGUCUGGAGAAAGAUCUUGAAUCCUCCCAAAAGCAAGUUGAAACUGACAAGAAGGCCAUAGACGAGCUUAUCAGGGAGAGAGACAUCUUAAAUAAGAACAUGAUCAAGGCCGCGCAGUCAACUGAGAAACAGCAGAACCUUGUGAAGCUCCUGGAGCAGGACAAGAAGACCUUGGAACACGAGAUCAGUGGCUACCGCCAGGAGGCCCAGAAGCAGCGCAAGAUCAUCCAACAGCUGGAGAAAGAGCGUGACCGCUACAUCAACGAGACCAGCAACCUAAUGCAGAAGGUGCAACAAAAAAUGAGUGACGUUGAAGUAAGAGAGAUGGAGAUAUUUGAUUGGAGGAAGAAAGUCACCGAGGCGGAGUGCAAACUCAAACAGCAAGAGAACCUGCUGGAGUCCAUCGUGUCUGAAAGGAACCUCUACAGCAAAAACCUCAUCGAGGCUCAGGAAGAGAUUGCAGAGAUGAAGAGGAAGAUGAAAACCAUGAACAACCAGGUCACCCGACUGAGAGAUGAGAUCACUGGGAAGGAGCUUGCCCUUACCAAGGAUCAGCAGGAACACAAGCGUUUGGAGAAGGAUAAUGAGGCCAUCAAGGGGGAGCUGCAGUUGAUGAAGCUUCAGCUUGAAGAAACAAAACAGCAUGUUGACAGUCAGAAAGCAGAGCAGCAAAAACUGCACAAGAUUAUAGCCGACGCCGAUGCUGAGCAGGUCCAACAGAAGAAACAACUGGACCAGGUGAUCAGGGAGCGAGACAACCUGGGCAAACAGCUGUUACACCGUAACGAUGAGCGGGCGCUGCUCUAUGAGAAGAUCAGAAUCCAGCAAUCGAUUCUGAGCAAGGGGGACUUCCACUACAACCAGAGGAUGGAUGACAUACAGCUGCUCAAGCUGGAGAUCAGGAGACUCCUGCGCAAGAAGAGCAUCCUGGACAAGACCAUUCCCAACACAGAGGACCUGAGGCGAGAGCUGUUCCACCUGCAGAGGGAGCUGCUUAGAGAGAGGACGAGGAACAGCGUCCUCGAGGAACAGCUGAAGCCCAUAAAUAUUCACAGAUGGAGGCGACUGGAGGGCAGUGAUCCCGGCAAAUACGAACUCAUCCAGAAGAUUCAGUCCUUACAAAAACGACUGAUAGCUAAGACCCAAGAGCUUGAGGAACACGAACUCCUAUUACAGGAAAAGGAGAAGCUGUAUGUGGAGCUGAAACACAUUCUGGUCCGACAGCCGGGUCCAGAGGCAGCUGAGCAGCUCCAGCAGUGCCAGUGGACCAUCAGAGAGAGAACUAAAAAGCUCAAGGCGUUGAUAGCAGAGCUGAGAAUGCUCGACUCAAAGAUGAACGAGUACAAAAGUGAGAAUCAAAGAUUAGCUAAUGAGCUAGCAAACAUUAAGAAGAAGUACCUCAGCCAGAAAAAGCUUCACAGCGAGCAGAGGACCAAGACCACGGUGGAGCAGCUGGAACCCCUGCCCCAACUGAGCAGCAAGCCUCACUUCACUGGAGGAGGCUUCAGGAUCGACAACCCUGGGAGAAGAUAA